AUGUCACAGCCAACGGAGAGCUACCAGCCUACCGGGCGUAGCAAUAUUACAGCCAGCCAUUUGACGGCAUCUUUCCUUGACCCCGAGAACGACAGACAAAGUCGCAUCAUUGACAUUAUCGAUCAAUUACGGGCCCUGAAAAUAGAUCGCACGAUACCCCUUCCACAACUUAUCGUUUGCGGCGAUCAGUCCUCCGCAAUCUACAAUCCUCGCCGUGGUUCCGGGAAACAACGACUCGACAACGCCAUUGUUCUCACCCUUUGCCAGGAAUACGAUCCUGAAGGCCAUCGAACCGUCGGUAUCAUGACGAAGCCAGAUGUCGCGGAAAACCCCAAUACUGUUGUGAAAAUUAUGAAGGGUAACAUUACCACGCUGAACCGGUUAGAAUGGCACCUUAUUCGCAAUCUCGGGCCCGAUUCUGCGGAAGAUAGAGACAGUGUUGAAGCGCGCUUGUUCGAGCAAGCGCCAUGGACGAGUAUUCCCCAGAGACAGCUUGGAAUCCAAAAGCUUCGAUCUAGGCUAAGGGAGAUAUACUUCUCAGCUGCAGAGGAUAAAAUCCCUCAGCUUAGAGGAAAGCUUGAGACAGAGCUUGGAAAACCGAAGUUCACCUGUAUCAAAGAGGAACCACAGCCCAAGUCACUGGCUCAGGCAUUCCAGAAGGCAACUCAGCGUCUGAGAGAAGCUGCUCGAGAACAAGCCAAAGGAACUUACGCCUAUGAUACAAACCAGUUCGAUGACACUAGUUCUGUUCUUCUACGUUCUCGGGACUCGCGUUCUGAUCUUCCAGGCUUUGAUCCUGUCGACUUGGAACACGAGAUACGAAUGUCCUCAACCAUGAUCAAGAACACUGGUGGAACGGAGCUCGAUGGUCUAUUUUCGCCUGACCGCAUCGCUAAGCUGUUUUGGAGGAUGUCCGAGCCCUGGCACAAGAUCGCGGAACAGCACAUCGACAGCGUCUGUAAUUGUUGCAAGGAUUACUUUGAGGCCGUUACACAACUCAACUUUACCAAGACUGGCAGAAACAGGGCUUUGGACGACGGAACUCUGCAUGACGGGUUCGAAAACGACGAAGUUGUCGCGCGUAAUUAUAUCAGGGACCACAUCAUACCAAACUUGGCGAAAGCCAAAAAGAAGGCCUCGGAUGAGCUUUAUUUGUUGGAGGAGGACAGAAGGGAUUGGCCGAAAAAUCUCGAUAAGCGCUUUCUUGUAGACCAGAAAACUCACCGACAGCGAACCGAGUUUCACUACACUUCGCGUGUAUUACGCGGUCGUCUCAAAGGUGAUAAUCCCAGCACGCUCGACCCGGAGAUUCUGGCAGAGCAGCGCGGACUCUCACGGCAACAGAACUAUCAGGACCACGUAGCAGAGGAGUUCCUGAGUGCGAUGAAGUCUCAUUACCUUGUGGUUGAGCGCCACUUCAUGCGAAAGAUUCAAGACCUGAUCCCGAAUGACCUGGAUGAUGCUGGUAUACAAGACUUGCUGAAAGAGGAUGAAAAGUCGGCGCGUAAGAAGGCACGGACUCGCGAUGAGAAAAGGAGGCUGGACAUAGCGCUUGAAGCUGUCAAGCGUUUUCAAAUUGAACAAGAGCAAGAGGAUUGA